GGUCCUUUCUCUGAUUUUCUGGAUCGCCAAACACCCCCAGAUGGUGAAGGGAAUGAGGUCUGGUUCGAACCCAUUUUCUGUUCAUAAACACAAUCAAGUUUUAGUUAAGUUGGUUGUUUCGCUUCUCCUUGUGGGUCUCGCUUUUCGUCUUCUCGUUUCUGACUCCGUCUCAUCAUCAUCACUUAUGGUUAUGGAGACGCCUACUAUUGCCUCCCAGGAAAAAGCACAGCCCCCUGGGAAUUCUUUUCCUCUUCAGACCCAUGACGCUGCAAAUUUUCCCGCAAAUGAAGGCCAAACAGCUGAUAAUGCAAAAUGUGCUCUUUUUGUGGGACAGUGGGUACCAAACCCAUAUGGUCCAGCUUACACUAAUGAGAGCUGCCAUGUUAUUGAAGAUCAUCAAAAUUGCAUGAAGAAUGGAAGACCCGAUAUGGAUUAUCUUUACUGGCGCUGGAGGCCACAUGAUUGUGAAUUACCAAAGUUCAACCCCCAGAAAUUUCUCAAUCUUAUGAGGGACAAAUCAUGGGCCUUCAUCGGCGAUUCCAUCUCUCGCAACCAUGUUCAAUCCAUGCUUUGCAUUCUCUCCGAGGUGGAACCAGCUGUCCAGGUCUGCCACGAUGAGGAAUUCAAAAACAGAGUAUGGAAAUUCCCAGCUCACAACUUCACAGUCUCAGCAAUUUGGGCUCCUUUUCUGGUCAAAGCAGAUAUAUUUGAGGACAUCAAUGGAGUUUCCUCUGCCGAAGCACAGCUCUACCUCGACGUUCUCGAGAGCAAAUGGAUUAAUCGGUAUGAAAGUUUUGAUUACGUCGUGACUUCUGGUGGCAAGUGGUUUCUCAGAACUGCAGUGUACCUUGAGAAUGGUGCAGUCACAGGCUGCCAUUACUGCGCCAACAAGAGCAUAAAAGAGCUAGGAUUUGAGUAUGCAUACCGAAAAGCACUACAGGUAGCUUUCAACUUCUUCAUAAACUCCAACCACAAACCCGUUGUUAUCUUCAGAACCACCACACCAGAUCACUUUGAGAAUGCAGAAUGGUACAAUGGAGGGUACUGUAACAGGACAAUGCCCUUCAAAGAGGGUCAAAUAGGCCUGAGAGAUCUGGAUAUUAUCCUGAGAAGUAUUGAACUCAGAGAGUUUCAAAAGGCCAAGGUCAAGGCUGAGGCAUCCCCAGGAUCCAAACAUGGUGCUACAAGUUUGAAUCUUUUGGACCUGACCGGCCUCUCCCUGCUAAGACCAGAUGGUCAUCCGGGACCAUACCGGCACUUUCAACCAUUUGCCAAGGACAGAAAUGCCAGAGUUCAGAAUGACUGUUUGCAUUGGUGCUUGCCAGGGCCAAUUGACUCUUGGAAUGAUCUGGUAAUGCAAAUAGUUGUCAAUGGCAGAUAAUCUGGGAGAUCAGACUAUCAGUGUUUUGUGGGUUUUUUUUUUUUCUUUUUUUCUUUUGGGCAUCCGCAGGGUCUGUGAAUUCUUCAGUUUGGGAUGCUACUGAUGAUUGCUUCUUCGUGAACUUGCAUUCAGCCUGGAAGUUUUAUAGCCAAUGCUGGUAGGGAAGAAGAGAUUGUAACGUUAACAUGCAUUAAACUGUAUACGUGACCAAAGCCAAAGCUUGCAAAUUACAGGUUUGUUACAGAACAACAAAAGAAACAACACUACCACAGUUUCAAGGUUUUGAGGUGAGA